GGAUGUACAAGAUACCAGAAUCCAUUGAUAUCCGUGCACCGUUGGUUGAUCGAAGUAAAUGAGUCGGUUCCCUACUUCACGCCCGAUCCAUUCCAACUCCUAUGUAUAAAACUCUCCCUCUAUUCAUUCAUUCAUUCAUGGCCGCUUCCUUCCUUGUAUACAAUUUUGCACGGCACGUUAUGUUAGUGUAGAGCCGAAGGGGCAAAAAUGGCGAACUCCUCUGCGCAGCUCAAGUCCGACGCCAUCUUCGAGCAGAUGAAACUCCACCUCUCUACUGACGCCGGCAAAGAAAUCACCAAGAAGAUUGGCCUCGUUUACGAGAUCAAAAUUGCUCCCAAGAAAAUUGGAUUUCACGAGGAGAUCUAUGUUGUCGAUCUCAAGAACGGCGAGGUUAAGAAAGGCCCAUAUGAGGGUGGCAAGCCUGACGCCACCUUCUCUUUCACGGAUGACGAUUUUGUCAAGGUUGCCACUGGGAAAAUGAAUCCCCAAAUUGCUUUCUUGAGGGGUGCAAUGAAGAUUAAGGGCAGUCUGAGUGCGGCCCAGAAAUUCACUCCUGACAUUUUCCCCAAGCCUUCAAAGAUGUGAGCAGACAUGUCGUGGUGUUUUAUGCUGUUUUAUGAGUGAUACUAGCGUUAUAUCGUUUACAGUUCUACCAAAACUUGUGAUUUAUAGAGUGAAGUCCUAUAUUUUUACCUGGAAAUUAGAAAUGAUCUUAAUCAUCCAUUCCUGUCCUGGAUAAAUGUCUUUUCUUUCUUCCAAAAUGUCAAUCUACAUAGGUAUGCUCAGUCUGCCAUCCUCUAAAUUUCUCUUGUCAAGCAAUUUGUGAAUUCCUUAAUUUACAGUUUACAAUCAUACAUCUUUUGAGCUA